AUGGCAUACCAAUACCAUCUAUAUCAAUCACACCGGCCAAUGAAGCAGGCGCCAUUCAAGGUGGCUAUGGCCAAACCCGCCAGCGAUGCUCAGGUUCCGAUACAAUCCUUGAAGAUUCGGAUUCGACGUCCAGCAAACAUGGCGGCUGAAGUAGCCUGCACUCCCUCCCCGAAUCCGGAGGUGGAGAUUUCCCCAUCGGCAAAGGUAAAGCGUAGCCGUCCCAGUCAGACAAAAACAGAAUUGGCGCCCGCCCCAGCUUCAACGCUAGAUAUCGCGCCAGCGAAGCGUUUCCGCCCAAACAAAUUUGUGCUAGUAUCUGAUCAUUCCCAGUCUCCAUCGGAUAGUCGUUCUCUACCAAAGAGUGGCUGCUCCGGAGGCUCCAAAGAAUCUGAGCUCUCAUCUUCUCAUUCCCAAUCUCCAGCGGUUCCGGCAACUCGUGGUCGUCCCAAGAAGGUCCCAGAGCCCGAUACCUCACUCAAUUUCAAGAAAAAACCUCUGGCCGAUGGCAAUGGGGAGCGUAUCCAGGCCCGAGCUGAGGCCUAUUGGCAGGAAAAUAGAUGGAAAUCAUCUCAAGUUGGCGAGAAAGGCCAUGCUGAGCCGGCCACUUUCUUGGCAGUUCCUCUCCCCGCAGUGAAUACUGCCACCGCAAACAAGCGAGCGCGAGCGGCUAAGAAGGCGACUUCAAACCGGGCCCGGCAAAAGAAACCGCCCGCAACCGCCGACAUGGGGCGUCCUUCAUCAUCAGCAAGUAAGAUUGUGGCGUUUUGGAAUGAGAAUGAGUCAAGAGGUGUUAUUUCCGCGUCAGAGGCGAUCAAACCAUCGACAGGGAGCAGGAGAGACCGGAAGGCCCGGGGUGCUUCAGGGGUUUAG